AUGACUGAUAAAAAAGAUACAGAACUCACAAUCACCUCGGAGAUUGAUGCCGCUAGCCAGAAUAUUGACGGAGCUAACCAGGAAAUUGAUCCCGACUCUGGCGUCCGCCGCGGCCUUAAAACACGCCAUCUGUCUAUGAUGGCCCUGGCUGGAAUUAUCGGGCCUGGUGUAUUAUCAGGUUUUGGUGGUGUGCUACCCAAAGGCGGACCUAUUGCUGUUCUUAUAGGUUUUGGCGUUGUUGGUCUGCUUGCGUACUCUGUAACACAAUCUGUGGGUGAAAUGACAACCAUUUAUCCAACAGGAGGAGCAUUCAUGACACUGGCUGAACGAUUUGGGGAUAAAGCUUUGAGUUUUGCAAUUGGCUGGUAUUACUUUAUUAUCUGGGUAACGGUUCUAGCAAAUGAAUACAACAUUACAACAUCAACACUAAAUUUCUGGACAGAUAAAAUCCCAAUCUGGGGGUGGUUUUUAAUCAUUUGGUUUUUGUUUCUUGCGUUCCAAUUGUUAGGUGUUGAGGCCUUUGGAGAGUCCGAGUACUGGUUAGCUUUAAUCAAAAUUAUAGCACUGACUGUUUACUUUUUGUUUGCCUUGAUCUACAUGUGCGGCGGUGUCAAGGGCACACCUGCGUUUGGAUUUCAGUACUGGAGAAACCCGGGGCCAUUUUCAAACGGCUUUCGCGGGGUAGCAAACGUGUUUAUUUACUGUUCCACUUAUUACGCCGGUGUCGAGUCUGUAGCCAUUGCUGCCACAGAAACACGCAACCCAUCCAAGGCGGUACCACUGGCUGUUAGACAGGUCUUUUGGCGCAUCAUUUUCGUGUAUAUGGGGUGUGCAUUUUUCUAUGGUGUGACGGUACCAUACAACAGCCCGGAGCUGUCUGGGUCGUCACGCGCCAUCAAGUCACCCAUCACUAUAGCUUUGGCAAAUGCUGGCUGGGCUGGCGGAAUCCAUUUGGUGAAUGCGUUUAUUUUGGUGACUUGUCUUUCAGCUGUUAAUUCUAGUAUUUACAUUGGGUCACGUACCAUUUUGUUUAUGGCCCAUGAUGGUACUGCUCCUAAGAUCUUGGGGUAUACCAACAAAAGAGGUGUUCCUGUGUAUGCAAUUGUUCUGACCAAUCUUUUUGGAGCAAUUGCGUUACUCAACGUGUCUGAGGGUGCCAUGGAUGCCUUUGGAUAUAUUGUCAAUAUUUCCGGUGUUGCCACGUUUUUGGUUUGGGGCGCCAUUUCGUUUGUUCACCUGAGGUUCCGGGCUGCUUGGAAACACAAUGGGCUAACCAAGGAGGACAUUCCGUUCCAGUCAAUAUUGUUCCCGUGGAACGCCUACUUUGGACUAGGGUUUAGUAUGUUUCUGGCCUUUGUACAAGGCUGGUCAACACUGUCUCCUUUUAGUUAUAAAGACUUUAUAGAUGCAUAUUUGAUGCUGCCAUUGUUCCCCAUCUUUUACAUUGUGUAUAAGUUGGUGUUCAAGACUAAGUUUAAGAAGCUGGACGAGAUUGAUGUGUUUUCAGGACGUCGCAAGGAUGUUGGAGCGUAUCAUGAUGUUGAGCAAGGAGAUGGAGCCAAUAUUGAAGCUGAAGAUGAUUCAACCUUUGGAAUCUUUAAAACUGGAAUUAAAAAAGUUUGGAAUAAAAUGUAG